UAGAGCCGUAGAGGUAGGUAAUGGCAAUCAAUCAAGAAAGAAAGAGCUGCAGUACACGUGUUAACUGACUUUUCAAAAUACGCGGUUUUUGUUACUGUCCUCUAACAAGUCUCUCUCUCUCUCUCUCAGCCUUACCUUUGAAGUUUGAAGGUUUCAACCUCCCUUGCCUUAUUUGAAUCUUGUUGGGCAGUUGCCAUUGAAAAAAUAGCUUUUUUAGAGUGUGAGAGAAAAGAUCUAUCAAGAAAAUGACAACCCAUAUCCAUUACUAUUUGCUUCUAUCUUGAUCUAUUAUCCCCCCCCCUCUCUCUCUUACCGUCUCUUUCUUUAAUUUAUUUGCUUCUAUUUCUGUUGAUCAAAAUACACCAACCCCUUUUCUCUCUGUGUGUAAAUUCUUCAUCUGAUCCUUUAUUUCGCUGUUUCAACGCCAAAAUCCAUCUGGGGGUCCUUUGUUUUCUUGUUCAAGGACUUAAAUCUUGAUUCUUUAUAAGAAAUUUAAAGAAUUGGGUAUUGAUUUGUUUUGGAGGUCAAGAAGAAAGGAAGAAGAAGAUGAUGAUGAUGACGAUGGAAGGGAUGAUGGAUAAGGCAGUGUUGGAUGAUAUAAUAAGGAGGUUAUUAGAAGGAAAAGGAGGAAAGCAAGUGCAGUUAUCUGAAGGAGAGAUCCGUCAAUUAUGUGUUAAUGCUCGCCAAAUCUUCCUUUCUCAGCCUACUCUCCUUGAGAUUAAAGCUCCCAUUCGAAUAUGUGGUGACAUACAUGGGCAAUAUCAAGACCUCCUGAGGCUGUUUGAAUAUGGUGGCUACCCUCCUUCUGCAAACUAUCUCUUCCUUGGGGAUUAUGUCGAUAGAGGGAGGCAAAGUUUGGAGACCAUAUGUCUGCUUCUGGCCUACAAAAUCAGACAUCCCGACAAAAUUUACCUCUUGAGGGGUAACCAUGAGGAUGCGAAGAUCAAUAGGAUAUAUGGGUUUUAUGACGAGUGUAAACGGAGAUUCAAUGUCCGGCUAUGGAAAAUAUUUACCGACUGCUUUAAUUGUUUGCCCGUUUCUGCACUGAUUGAUGAAAAGAUACUCUGCAUGCACGGAGGCCUCUCUCCAGAGUUGGAACAUUUGGGCCAAAUAAAGGAAAUUCAAAGACCUACCGAAAUCCCAGAUAACGGUCUCCUAUGCGAUCUACUUUGGUCUGAUCCUGAUGCUAGGGUUGAGGGUUGGUCAGAUAGUGAUCGAGGUGUUUCAUGUACCUUUGGACCUGAUAAAGUUGCUGAGUUUUUGGAUAAAAAUGACCUGGAUCUCAUUUGCCGAGGUCAUCAGGUGGUGGAGGAUGGAUACGAGUUCUUUGCCAAACGAAAAUUGGUAACAAUAUUUUCAGCUCCAAACUAUGGUGGGGAGUUUGACAAUGCAGGUGCUUUGUUGAGCGUUGAUGAAUCCUUAGUAUGUUCCUUUGAGAUAUUAAAACCAGUUCUACCAGCAAGCGCUCCAAAGUUAACCCUUAAGAAGGUACGUGCAUUGUAUAUUAGAAAUAGAUCUUCCCCGUUGAAACACUCUAAUCUCCUUUUCUUUUCUAUGUUCAAACAGCCUCCAAAAGCCGGAAAGUUCUAGUAUGAGAAAAGAGCAUUCAGGGAUCUCUUCUUGUUUCAAUUAGGAGAUUGACCAAGGCUCGGUUCUAGCAAUGAUUUGAAUAUCUAUCACAUUGCCGGUUUAUCUUCAGAAAGAAGCCUUUUUUUCUUGUUGAAAUGUCACAUAACUCAAUUUGCACAGUGCAAAUUGUUAGGGAAAAAAAAUGUGCAAAAACAACAGCCCAUGCUGUAUGUUAUGCCCAGGAACCAAAGUUGUUUUGUUGGAUACCCUUUGGGAACUUCCUGUCUGGUCAAUUAGCAUAUGCUGUUUGUAAGUAGUGAUUGAGAAUAGGUCUGAUUUUUGUUGAGAUGUGUGUGCAAGUUUACUCUAUGGUUUGCUCAGAGAGUCCUCAUGUUGAUCUAUUGGCAAUCAAAAUAGUUCUUCUCUGCCA